CCACAGGCAGGCUGUGGCGGCGGCGGCUGCGACCGCGACCGCUACGAGCCGCUGCCGCCCGCGCUGCCUGCCGCCGGGGAGCAGGACUGCUGCGGGGAGCGCGUGGUCAUCAACAUCUCGGGGCUGCGCUUCGAGACGCAGCUCAAGACCCUCUGCCAGUUCCCGGAGACGCUGCUGGGCGACCCCAAGCGGCGCAUGAGGUACUUCGACCCGCUCCGCAACGAGUACUUCUUCGACCGCAACCGGCCCAGCUUCGACGCCAUCCUCUACUACUACCAGUCGGGCGGCCGCAUCCGCCGGCCGGUCAACGUGCCCAUCGACAUCUUCUCCGAGGAGAUCCGCUUCUACCAGCUGGGCGAGGAGGCCAUGGAGAAGUUCCGCGAGGACGAGGGCUUCCUGCGGGAGGAGGAGCGGCCCCUGCCCCGCCGCGACUUCCAGCGCCAGGUGUGGCUGCUCUUCGAGUACCCGGAGAGCUCCGGGCCAGCGCGGGGCAUCGCCAUCGUGUCCGUGCUCGUCAUCCUCAUCUCCAUUGUCAUCUUCUGCCUGGAGACGCUGCCCGAGUUCCGCGACGAGAAGGACUACCCCGCCGCGUCGUCGCAGGAGCAGUUCGAGGCGGCCACCAACAGCACGUCGGGGGCCUCCGCCGGAGCCUCCAGCUUCUCCGAUCCCUUCUUCGUGGUAGAGACCCUGUGCAUCAUCUGGUUCUCCUUUGAGCUGCUCGUGCGGUUCUUCGCUUGCCCCAGCAAAGCCACCUUCUCGCGAAAUAUCAUGAACCUGAUAGACAUCGUGGCCAUCAUCCCUUAUUUCAUCACUCUGGGCACCGAGCUGGCUGAGCGACAGGGCAAUGGACAGCAGGCCAUGUCCCUGGCCAUCCUGAGGGUCAUCCGGCUGGUGCGGGUCUUCCGCAUCUUCAAGCUCUCCCGGCACUCCAAGGGGCUGCAGAUCCUGGGCCAGACGCUGAAGGCUUCCAUGCGGGAGCUGGGGCUGCUUAUCUUCUUCCUCUUCAUUGGGGUCAUCCUUUUCUCCAGCGCGGUCUACUUUGCCGAGGCAGACGACCCCACUUCGGGUUUUAGUAGUAUCCCGGAUGCCUUCUGGUGGGCAGUGGUCACCAUGACAACAGUAGGUUAUGGCGACAUGCACCCGGUGACCAUAGGGGGCAAGAUUGUGGGGUCGCUCUGUGCCAUCGCUGGGGUCUUGACCAUUGCUUUGCCGGUCCCCGUGAUUGUUUCCAACUUCAAUUACUUCUACCACCGGGAGACGGAAGGGGAAGAGCAAGCCCAGUACAUGCACGUGGGAAGUUGCCAGCACCUCUCCUCUUCGGCCGAGGAGCUCCGAAAAGCAAGGAGUAACUCCACUCUGAGUAAGUCGGAGUAUAUGGUGAUCGAAGAGGGGGGCAUGAACCAUAGCGCUUUCCCCCAGACCCCUUUCAAAACGGGCAAUUCCACUGCCACCUGCACCACGAACAAUAAUCCCAACUCCUGUGUCAACAUCAAAAAGAUAUUUACUGACGUUUAAUAUAUGCUACAAGUGACAUGCUGUGCUCAGUAUUGUGUGGAACGUGCCCCCUUGGUCUGUGUAUGCCCUUGUUUUAUACAUUUCCAGACCAUUCAUCAAGGAAAGGACGUGAAGAAGUGGAAAGCACACUUCAUUUUCCCUCUCCCUACUGCUUCAUACUGAAACAGGUGUCUGUUUUGCAAGUGGGCUGCAUUCUCUCAGCUCUCCAUUUUUCCCCUCCCCCCACCCUUCUCUAAUAUCGCGAAGAACAAACUUACUUUAAACUUCAUUUCUAGUACACACUCUCUUAAAAAAAAAAAAAGUACAUCCUGGGAGGAAAUGAAACUAAAGAACAGUUAGAAUAACUGCCUAACCUCAGAACUGAAAGACAGUUGUUUCUUUACUAAGUAAAGAAGGCACAUACUUAAAGGAUGCUUCCGUUUGUUGGACCUUUUAACGUUAUUGAAUAUUUAGUUCAGUUGCCUUCGCUGUGGAUACGUGGAUGAGAAGUCUAAUUAGAACAAUGACUUGUAAACCCACUGUAAGUUUAUUUGGUUUUUGACUGGAAUUUCUAUUUGGAACCCCUCCCGGAAUUUUAAAGAUUUCUACAACUUGGAACAAAGGGGAAUGCGUGAGGUGCCCUGAUCUAAGUAGUUGAACUCUUUGGGGCUUGUGAAGCAUUUCGAAAGGGGUACACAGGCAGAUUCCUCUGAAGUUCUGUGUGUGUGUUCCAAGCAACAUCUAUCAAAGUGUAGAAACAGAUGUUUUCGGUGCUGCUCAGAGAAACAAACAGAAUUCCUAAUGCGUCUGCGAGAUAAGCUUCUGCAGUAUCACAAGAAGAUUAAAGUGGCAGACACUCCUUCCAGCGGAAGUUACUAAUUCGGACCUGACUGAUGCAGUUCCCAUAGCAACCCAUGUUUCCUGGGAAACCCGAAAAAGGUUGUCAUGGCGUCUUUUGCUCUCUAGCCCCACCCCUAGCCCCUGCCGUUUCCACAGUAACCUUUCCAGAUGGUUCCUCCUUACAGGAUUUCAUAAGGAAAACCACUAUUUGAAUAAACCGCACAAAUAAGGUUGCGUCUGAGAAUCCGAGGUGGUGAAAUGAAUCACAAAAUGCAUAUUUUUUUACUACAGAAAAUCACUGAUAUCAUCUCAUAAUGACUGAAUAGGGAAGGAAAAUAUUGCCUUUGGAAUGUUAGAUGUCUACUCCAAUAAGGAAUGAAUUGAAUUAAAUGCCAAUAAUUAGGCAAUAAUUUAAAAGGACACUGUUUUCUUCCUCCAAGAAGUUUCCAGCCAACAAGUGAAAUUUAAAAGCAAGUGUAAAAGUGUUCUGUACAUAAGCAAAUGAAAGAUUCAGUGGUGUACCUGAAACCUUACUACAAGGGACCUUCAGACUUCCUCUUAAAAAGAAUUCCAGAUCCCACAACAGCACUUGAAAAGCUAAAUAAACUUUAAACAUAUAAGGGAUGCUUGUUUUUUAACUGAGGGAAUUGCAGACAAUCAAUAAAAAGGAGGGACGGGAAGUAACCAUAUCUUGGGAAAAUACCUGCAAGUUUCAGCCAUAUACCAGGGUUGCCAGAAGACAAACAGAAUCAGCACUUCCAAGUCCUUCCCAUCUCUCAGCUGUGAAUAGAAGUGAUAACCCCUCCCGCUAAGAAAUGCAAAGAAGCACAAGUGCCCCCCCACCCCCCAGUCUGAAGACUUAUGGAAACACUGUGAGAUAGAGAUUCCUGAAGAGUCCCACAUAGAGAACCGCAGAGCGGCACUGACCAGUAGGACGCUCGUUUUUAAACCACCUUUGUCAAGAACGCAGUGUUGGUUCUGUCGCUGAUGGGCAGUGAUCUGUCUGCCAGCACGUGUUUUGUUUUAGUUGACAUUAGAUAACAUGUCUCUGAUAAAUGCUUUCUGUAAAGGAAACAGCGCUAAAGCCGGAAGAGUCUCUUCCAAUUGGGUGCAAUAUUAAGGAUAGUGAUACAGAGAUAAAGAAGAACAUCAAAAAAUCUUAAGGGAUCAUUUCAACCUUUUGACAUUUUGAUGCAAUCAAAUCACUCAAAAACUCAUCAGUACUGCUGAUAAAGAAAACCUAGAUGUUUGUUUGUAACAAGCCAACUGGUACUGUUUUCUUCUUUCGGUUAAUCACGGGAUGAUGUUGAAUCAUGAGAUAUAGUAAUGUCAUCGUCUGUGUUCGGGGUUAUGUACAACCUUAUUUGUGAAGGUGUGUUUUGUACCAAAGGCUCUCCUACGUAGAUUGGCCCGUUUUACACAUAAAUAAGUGAGGUCUACACUGUGCCCAGAUGAAUGGUAUUAAACAGACUGGCCUAAAAGAAAUGUGCCUUGCUUGAUUAAACAUCCUUUUAUUUUUUGAUUCAAAAGGAUAGAUGUGCAAUUAGUCUCAUAGGUAGGUUUUAGCUGAACGUAAAUUUAAAAAUAUAUUAGUACUUAUUAUAUGUUUAUCUAUUUUAACUGAAAUUUGAGUAUUUAGUUGUAGUUUUCAGCAGUUCAUAUAUAAUAUACUCAUUCAACUUAGUUUUCAUGCGAUGUUUGGUGUGGUGAGACAAAGCACAUUCUUAAUGAUAUAGUAUUUCAUCUAAUGUUUAUAGAAUUUCCUUCAAAAUUAUAUCUGUAAAAGUUUUCUUGACUCAUUUUCUAUUUUUGUAUUUUAUUCCUUUAGAAAUGGAACUUUUUUCAAUAAAAAAAAAAGCAAAGUUUUAGUUGGAAAAGAGAUUUAGGAGGUCAUGAAGAUGAUUUCCCAUUUGGGGACAUUUCACUUCUGUGCCAUUAUUAAUGUAUUUACUGUGACAUUUCAGCAGAAUGGUAGCUAUUUGUAUAUUAUUUAAUAAGCCUUAUGGAAAGUCAAACUGUGAACAUUUGGUAUAAUGAAGACUUUUUUUCAUUUUCAUAUUUUAUUUUUGAAACAUACCUGAACAAAUGCAUAAAUAACCAAUUUCCUGUCAUUCAAGUGCAUAACGAUGCUAAGUUAUAAUAAGAGGGCUUGUAGAAUUGUAAUUACCAUCAAAAUAUUUCAGUAGCAAAGCCAAGAUAAUAAUACUUUUUGAUGCCAUGUAGAAGGAAAUACAACUGAUGAGCUUCAUUGUUAAUAUGUAAGAACAGGUAACUGAAACAGUCUUAGAGGUAUUAGCAGCAACAGGUGGGUAGGGGAUAUAAUCCAGGUAACUUUCUUUGAAGCAAUGUCUACAAUGAAUUUUGUACAAUCUGCUGGUAUUUCUUCCGUGGUCAAAAUUGUGAGACCAGAUCUCUCUAGGAAAAAGUGAAAUAAAAGAAUGCUAAGUGUCUCAGAUUGGAGCUAUGUGCACCUCCCAUCUGGAUGAUUUGUGAUUCAAGUGAAAACAUAGCCAAAGCCACCACCAUGUUUUUGUUCUGUGUUAGCCCACAUAGCAGGGACACUGGACCAGGGAAUUGUCAAUCCAUUCGAGCCACCUAAUACUCAUAACUGAUGAUCACAGACUGGUCCGCUGUAAAGUACUUCACAUCAGCUAUUGGGAUGAUUGAAGCAAAGGAAUUCACUGUCCUAUAAGAGGUCUUAGUCAUUCAGAUGUUUCAGUAAGGAUCAGUAGGCAUUACAGACAUAGACAUAAGUACUACCUUCAGGAAACACCAAUGAUACAACUUGAAGCAUUAUGUAUUCUUAAUAUCAUAUCUGCAUUAUCACAGCCCACAGUUUCAAACAAAGACAAAACCUGGACUUUGCAAUAAAAGCACAGAGUGGCACCAGAUAAGUAAACUAUCAUAUCCAAUACGGUUCACUGAAUGAGUAGCAAAAAUGUAACAUUGGUCUAGAUAUCGUCAGACCAGAGUGCUUACCCACUUUCUACCUGUGGGAUGACACUAGAUAAAUCACCUACCAUUGCUAGGCUACCAUUUCCUGAAUUGCAAGGUGGGUGUGCUAGGUUAAAUAAUCCCCAAAGCCCUUUCCCAGCCUCCAAAUCCUCAUUUAUAUACAUUUGAAAAGGCUUUGAAGAAUACUUAAAGUACUCAGAUUUUCUUAUGCAUCUCAGAAGGGCUGACUAAAUCGAAAUAAGAUUUAAACCUUGAAAGUAUCAUAAAUACACCAUUCUUCAAAUUGAGUGUGAGAAGAGGAAAUAGGAUUUUUUUUUCUCCUCUAAGAAUUGUCACUGGCCUGUAAUGGGAUCAUGAAAAAGUAGAAAAACCACUCUGCAGAAUGGAAACAGAUUAAUGAAAUUGCUGGAAAGGACGGGGGCUUAUUUGUUAAAUUUAAUUAGAUGUCAAUGUGAUUUGAAAUUGCAUAUGAAAUGCUACAAACAAUACCAGAGCUUUCCUGCACACUCAACAUUAUAAUCCCAAAGUAGAAGGUGGGGAAAGGUUGGAGGGAUGGGACUGUUUACCUUAUGAUCUCUUGAUUUUUUUUUUUUUUUUUUGCACGAGAGGUGGUUUGGUAGAGUUGAAGCGGAUGUCUGUGCUUUAGUGCUGGCUCUGCUAACAACCCAUGUGCCCUAGGGAAGCCCCUUUGACCUCUCUGAGCCCCAGCUUCUUUAUCUGUACAAUGAAGACUUUAAAUUUGUAAUCUGUUUCUUUACAUCUUUGAAAAUUCUGUAACAUUUUCAGAAUGUUCUGAUACACAUAUACAUGGUACAUGUUGCCCCUCUCCAGGCACUUAAGAUGCCGCAAAUCUCCGCUCACAUGACUGAACAGACUGCAAAUCCAAAUCUUCGUAUUUCUAAUCGACCGUAGCAAGACAUAAAAAAAAAAAAAAAAAACCUUUUACUUUUAAUUUUGGCCAUGGCUAUUAUGGUCAUCCGUUACAACUUAUCAUUUCAUCUUUGAAUGUUGAGUUCAUCUAAGCAAAAUUUCUGUUCCAGUGAACCUCCUGUUGAAAUUUUUGUAGUUUAAUAAACACUUAGCAAACCAGAAUUAAGUAUAUUAUGCUUGCCAGUGAACUGUAGCCGAUUGCAAGGUGCAUUUUUGUCACGUUAAAAAGCGAAUCCUGUUUUAGUCCCAGAAUCAACGGCUAUAAUUCGAACUAACAUUCACAAAAUUUCGUAAAUUUUCGUGAAUACAAAAGAGGCCUGAUAGAGCCAUAUUGUAAUUAAUUUUGCUCAGGAGUGAGAAACAAAAUUCAGGGAUAACCCAAACGCUUCUGUUUGGCUUUUGUGGACAGUUGGAAAAAGAACGGUUAUAGCUUUUGUACAACAUAGAUAAGAGAUAAUUAUACCCAUUGAAAAACAAGAGUAUAUUCUGGUUGCUGGUUUUAUGGUAGAAAGAGAGAUAAGGAUAGAAAGAUGCUAAAAUAUGAACACCAGGGAAAUUGUUAAAAUGAUAGUCCAUUUGAGUAAUACAGAAAUAUUUUGUCAUAAUGAGAAUAUUCGUCCAGAGGUUUAGUCUUAUAUCCUUCCAUUCAGAAAAGGGGGCAGUUUUUAAAGGCCUCUAUCAUAAUAGGAAAUGUAUAUUUUAACUAGCCAAGCAAUUCAUUAAAACAUUUAAUCUGAUGAUUUUUGGUUUUGUGAAUACACUUUAGGUGUAAUUGAGUCUCUUAUGUAUUCGUGUUAGUGAUAUUUGUGAAAAGUAAUUUUAUCCAUUUUUUUUAAAGUUGAUGAAAUUUGCUCAAUGGUGAUUCUAGCAAAUUGUGUUGAUAUUGUAUCUUACAACAAUUUGUGAACUGACCAUACAGAAACAAACCAUAGUAGUAUCUUUUCCAGUAAAUUGUAUCCACGGUGUGAUCUCUUAAUGCUGGGUUUGGGGUGGGAAGGUUAAGUAUUUAAUUUAUUCAAAACUAAUUGUCAAAGUGUUUUUCCUAUAUGCCAUAAAAUUGUAUGAUUAUAAACCAAAUAGUAACAUACUCUUCUUUUUUUUCAGUAUGGGCCAUUUUUGGAACUACCCCAUAAUACGGUAUAAUUUCGGUUAUAAGUUCCUACAAGGGAAAGCAAACAGUGUAUGUAGUAUUUCUAUGUUGUAUGUUAAAUGUAAUAAUAACAGAAAUCCAUUUUUGAAAUCUUAGACAGUAAUUACGCAGAUACCCAGAUAGAGUUUUUUCGUAGCGAUGUCUAACGUUUGUUUAUUAUGUCAUACUUUCCAAAGAUCCUUCACAUCUUAUUUAAUCUUUAAAAUAUCCAUAGGAAGUGAUAAUACCGUCUGAAGUUUAGAGAUUAAACAACCGAUAGAAAGAUCAAGUGACUUGCCCAAGAUCUUAUGGCCAGCAAAUGGCUCCAAAUCUCAUUUUCUUUACCCUGUUUUCCCUCUGUCAUGUUCUUUUGCCCCUAUCACUGCCAUUAUCUUUAAAAACUUUAACUGAAAGCUAAUUCUAAAUGAUAUGUUGGGAAAUUUCAAGUUUGGAGGACAAAGUAUUUUUUGCUCUUGUCAGACCUUAGUUACUUCCAGAAGAUAGCCCUCCCACAGGGUGAGAGCCAAACAUUUUCCAUCUAGAACGUAAGUCUGCAAACCCUGACCACAGACACCAAAUCCAUGUGAUGUCAGAUUGCUAGACUGAAAAGUUAUCUUCUUCACUGAUGUGAUUUUCUUUUUACAAAACCUACCAUAAUGAUGGAACAGUUAAAAGAAGCAAUAACCCAAGAAACAGCAGACAUUCUGAUUCAGGGAAAACAAUACUGUCGGACUGACCAGAGUCACUGACUUCCAACCUGUGUUUCCCGUCACACGUAUUCUGUGAUUAGCAGAGGACAGGCAAGGGGGAGCGGGUAGAAAAACUAUCGUCAUUUUAAGUAAACUCCUUAUUUCUUGUAACUCUUCAAAAAGAAUUGGUUAUCAAAUAUUAGAUAACUGUAUUUUUACCAUUUAGCCAUAGUUCAAGUAUACAGUAAAGUUCAUCCACAUAUUAGGUAAUUUCCCAGGUAAAAUUAAAAUCUGAUGACUGCUCAGUUCGAACAUGGAGAAGAUUCGUGUCUUAAAUCAUGACAGAAUACAACAUUUUUAUUCUGUUUUUAAACAACAGAGAGGCACUGUUACUGCUUUCCCUCGUAAAUCAACAGUCCAUGAUACAUUCUGUACUUUUACUGACUAGCAAUGCAGUGUUUCUGCACGUAAUUAAGUGGAGCUUAUGCUAUAUUAUAUUGGAAUUUAAAAUUUUCUAACCUUAAAUUUAGUUCUCUUUAUCAGAUAAGUAUUAUUUUGUAUGGAAUGAAAUAAUAAUAAUUCUCAAAUAAUGGCAUAAUAACAAAUAAUGGAAUUCUGAAUAAAAUGUAAAAUCAAACACUUCUCUAUAUUCAUCUUUCGAUAUUGAAUUAUGUUAAUUUAUCGCUUCUUAAUGUAAAGUUUAAGUUCUUAUGCCGCGUUCUCUAAUGUUCUUGUCAUAAUAAAUUUGAGCCUUCUGUUAAGUAAAUACAGUUAAUACCUGUGAGUUGAUUAUGUGAUAUUUUUAUCUGAUCCAUUUUUUAAAAUUUGUCAUUGGCUUUAAAGUGUUUUCAUUGCAAAUGUCAUGUGCAGAACUCAAUAAAAUACAAAAAAAAAAAA